AAAGGAAUUGUAGAACAUCAUUGUGUGCAGGGUGUUAAAAAUGGCAAGCAAGAUGCCAGAUAAAGGAAUAGCUGGUAGCAAGGCAGAAAACAAGCCUGCUGUUCUUUCAAAUAGGCCUGGUGUUCUUUCUGAAGAUGAAGACAAAGUACAGGCCUAUAGAGAACAGAGGGAGAGAAUUUCAGAGGGUGGUCACAUCCAGGAAGAAGGAAAGCAGGGCAAAGCGGUUGCUUGGGUUGAGGACAAGGAAGGUCAUGCGGUGCCUAAGACUCCAGAUGCUCCCCCAAAAUUGCGCAGGGACCAGCCAGAUCCAGGCAUCUCUGAAGGUGUUGCACAAUUUGGUGGGCGAGAAGCUGAUGAAAGAAGAGAUAUUGGUGGGAGACCAAUCACCCCAGAAGAUGCAAAAUUCAUACAGCAUAAAGAGGCAGAAGCUGGAAACCCAACAGGAAAAGGAAGCUUGGCUGCACGAGCACAGUCUGCAUCAGCAGCCAAUGUAAGGGAAGGCAAAGUCUCCAAAGAAGAUGGUAGAAAUGCAACCAUUCGGUACUGAAUUAUGCUGGUUCAGAUGAUUUUUUGGAGGGGUUUAAAUUUGUGUAUAUGUAAAAUAUUUUUCAUUUUAAUUUCCUGUGGAAUCUAUCAGUUUGUAAUUUAUUUUGUAUACAUGUUUAAUAGUAUACUGUUGUACAUGAUCUUGGGAUGCAAUAAUAUGAAAUCUCUUCUCGUCCUUUUCUUCUU